AGCACGUGACAGCUUUCGUGCCUGUCGUCUCUCCCACAAACAUCUGACAGCGGAAAAUCGGGGAUUUCGUACUUGAGGGAAGAUGGGAGAGAGAAGAGAGGAAACCGGGCUAUAUAACGGAAGUUCUUGAACGGGAGCUGAAGGUCGAGACAGUUAUAUUUCGUCAUUUGCUCUUAUUCUGCAAAGCGAAGAAAAGCUCGAAAUUCUACAAACAUAUUUUCAAAAUGCCAAGACGAGGAAGAUCCGCUCCUAUGAGGCCAGCCCCUGCACCUCACAGGCCAAUGUCCACCAUGCCUGCUCAUCCCCCACCUGCUGCACCUCCAGCACCAAUGCAGGCUGCCCCCCGCCAGCCAGGCAUGUUUGCACAGAUGGCUACAACUGCAGCUGGAGUAGCUGUUGGGUCUGCAGUGGGUCACACACUUGGAGCAGCCAUGACGGGUAGUCUGGGUGGUGGAUCGCAGCCAGCAGAAACUCAACCUGCUCCACAGCCCGUUCAGCAGUACAGUCAGUACAAUCCAUGCCAACAGCAGCUGCAACAGUUCCUGGACUGCACCCAAACCCAGGCUGAUAUCUCCCUCUGUUCUGGAUUUAAUGAGGCACUUCGGCAAUGCAAGAUUCAGUAUGGUGUUAAUCCCUGACCACAUAGCCAGUUCAUAGAGAUGUGGACAGCAAGAGUCCAGCUGCAGCCUGAAGUUUGACUCAUGGCUCCUGUCAUCUGAAAUUGAUGAGGUUUUUCUGACCACUUGCUUCUGUCAUCUGAAGCAGUCCCCUGAGAUGAAAGAGUUUUUUGAACUCUGAAAACAGAUGUGCAUUGUGGAACACAAAAUCAUUCAGUCCUAACAAUGAGACCUUUGGAUUUUAUAUGCUUACAUGCAUCUGUGGUACUGCAAGUUUUGCUCGAGUAGUUUCUGGUCCUCAGGUUGCUUUUAGGUGUUUUCAGUAAACAUAAUAAGCCCUUAA